AUGCGUUCACAUCAGAUGACCUUAAAGGUGGAUGCAAACAACCAUUCUAAGAAAUGGGCAACUGAGAGCCAAUCUCGCAAAGACUUUGGGGUCUACCGAGAAACUGAGGCAUGGCCCAGGGCCUCGCCUCACUAUGGCAGCAGCACGGCACAGCACAGCAUGCUCGACUUCAUGCUCGGCACCAAAGAUGAUGGCAAGACCAUUCUUAAAGGCCUCCAGUCUGUUUUCCAGCAGUCAUUCCAUCAGGGAAUGACCGAGUCCGUGCAUACCUGGCAGGACCAUGGCUAUUUAGCGACCUACAUAAACAAGAAUGGCAGGUUACUGCCCAUAGUUCGAGGAGGGGCCAUUGACAGGUACUGGCCCACUGCUGAUGGCUGCCUGGUUGAAUACAACGCAGAUGAAGUGGUGUAUAAUGAAGAUUCACCGUAUCAAAACAUUAAAAUUCUGCACUCGAAGCAGUUUGGAAAUAUUCUCAUCCUUAGUGGGGAUGUCAAUCUGGCGGAGAGUGAUUUGACAUAUACCUGGGCCAUCACGGGCACUGGCAAAGAAGACUACACUGGCAAAGACAUGCUGAUUCUGGGAGGUAGAGAUGGGGGCAUUUUAUGUGAAAUAGUCAAACUGAAACCAAAGAUGGUCACUAUGGUAAAGAUAGACCAAAUGGUGAUUGAUGGGUGUGAGAAAUACAUGCAGAAAAUGUGUGGUGGCAUCUUAGACAAUCUUAAAGGAGACUGCUAUCAGGUUCUAGUAGAGGACUGUACAGUACUGAAGAGGUACGCCAACAAAGGAAGGGAGUUUGAUUAUGUGAUUAAUGAUUUGAAAGCUGUUCCAAUCUCCACAUCUCUGGAAGAUUUCACAUGGGAGUUCCUCAGAGUGAUUCUUGACCUCUCCAUGAAAGUGCUGAAACAGAAUGGGAAAUAUUUUACACAGGGGAACGGUGACAAUUUGAUGGAAGCCCUGUCCCUCUAUGAAGAACAGCUCAGGCACCUGUAUUGUCCUGUGGAAUUCUCAAAGGAGGGCGUCUGUGUCCCUUCAUACUUGGAACUGUGGGUGUUUCACACCGUGUGGAAGAAAGCUACACCUUGA